UUCCCCGUCAUUGUGCCCUUCCACAGUCUCAAUGUGAGCAUGCUGGUGCGCAUUCUAACCGAACCGAAGAAUGCUUUAAUUCCGCAAUACAAGGCGCUAAUUGGCAUGGAUAAGGUGGAGUUAACGUUCGAUCGUGAUGCUAUCGAAUCGAUAGCCGCCAUGGCGAUGGAGCGUCAUACCGGUGCGCGUGGUCUGCGUUCAAUAAUGGAACAAUUGCUGCUCGAUCCAAUGUUUUUGGUGCCUGGUUCCGAUAUCACCGGUGUACAUAUAACCGCGGACUGUGUAAAGGGCGAUGCUCAGCCAGUGUACGUACGAAAGGAUAAUAGCGAUGAGAGUACAGCUGAUGAAAACGAGAGUGAGGGUAAAAACUAUGAGGAUAGCGAAAGCGCCAAAGUACGCAUAACGCAAUAGAAUGGCGCAGUACAGCACAUGCUACAGUUGUUGCUAAGUCAGCAUGACGGCAAUAAUGUUGCGGCAACAUGUUGCAGGCAUUGCAUUGCUUGAGUGUUGCUAUUAUUAAAUUCAAUUGUAUAUCUGUCUGCCUUUCAUCGAACCAAUAUUUUCGAAUUAGAAACUGAAGCGUUGCGUUAUGGCGUUGAGUUAGUCCUCCUUUCACUACAACAAAAACAACAACAACAUCAACAACAUCAAGACCUACACAACUCCUACAAAGUACUGUUUGUAUUUUACGUUAUUUGCUCUUGAAAAACGAAAACUACAAGAAAAUCUAAGUAAAAAUCACAAGCGAAAACUUUUAGAUAUUAAAAUAACAAUAAAAAAACAAUUAUCCAUUAUACUAUUACACAUCAGUUAAUAAAUGAGAACUUAUGUAUAUUUUUAGUUUAUAUUUUGCAAUAAACCCAAAAAAGAAAAGUUCAUGAAUAUUUCACUGCACAGCGUAUGUGUGAAUAGGAACUGCAAAAUGUGAAUUACGCGAAAAUGUUAUAAGUUAAAGAAACGAAGAAAGGCCAGACCAAGGCGAGGUUGUUUACCGCAAUGUAUGUACGUUGAAUGCGAAAUUCGAAAAUUUACAACUUUAAGCAAUUUUUGUGGGUGUAAUUAAAAGUGAAGACGAAAGAUAUAAAAAAUCUUUGGAAAAAAUUGCAAAAUACUAUAUGUACAUUGUAGAAAUAUAUCUUUACAAAUAACGGUGAACUUGAACUGUUUCUGAGACAUGUAACCAACAAUAAAAACUACUACAAGUAAAGAA